GGGUUACCAGUCUUGAUGAUCUAAUAUUACCUAUGAUCAGUAAAGUGAUGUUGAGUACUGAAACAGCAUUUUACCUACAUGUACCCUUAAAACAUUUAAACAGACUGUUAUUGUUCCUUAAAGAUGGAUAUAAGAUAAUCAGGUUAUGAGUUUAUUGCCGAUGUUGGUCAAAGAAUGCACAAAAAUAUUUUACAAAUGCAAACGAAGCACAUUUGCAUAGAGAAAUAUGUGGAGGUGGUUAGCUUUCCGCAUAGCUAAAAGACAACCAGUCUCCACUCUGCAGGUAUGUGUAAAAUAUUUAAAUAUUUGUUCUAUAUUGGCAAGGAGUAAAAUGUUGCCCACUAACCCUCUAUUACAGGUGCAGAUUUCCCUUGCAAGAGAACCUAAAUAAUAGAUUAAAAAAACACGUUAAAGUGAUAUAUGCGCCUCCAUAUAGCCAUCUGAGUCACCGGAUGCUCACUUAUGAGGAAUUUUGAUUGCACAGGAGUCAAAGGAAGGGUUUUUCUAAUGCUAUUUUCCUUGCACUGUCUCUUUACACUGCAUGUACAGCGUGAAAAAUCUGAGGGCUGAAAGUUACAUAAGUCUAAAACGAGAGAUGCUGAUUAUUGGGUGCUUGUCUGCAACCACCCAUUUCAAUGUAGCGAUGAAGAGUGCAAAUAUACAACAUCUAGGUCCUGAUUUUUAAAUCUCCGCUAGAUGUCAUUAUAAGUUACAGUAAAAAAAAAAAAAUCUAAUAUUACCCACACAAAGGAGGAUCCAUAAUCGGAAGUUAGUGACUAAUUAAGAACAUCCUACAAUGACAUCCCUUUACAGAGGAACCUGCGGGUUAUAGGCUGUGCAACAAAACUAACACUUAAAAAAAGUCUUAUCAUCUUAACCCCAAAUGUACCAAGACUUUACAAAGCCAGUGCUGGAACAGUGGUUAGUUGUUUGACGUGUUUUCCUGUGUCACAUUUCUUAGAAGAUCUUUUACGUUUCCACUACAUAAAAUUUUAUGUUUUUGAGACUGAACUUCCUGUUAUAAUAAUCUGCCUUUUUGUGGAGGCUCACAACUAUAGUGCAGUGAAAUUGGAAAUAUGUGUGUAUCUGAGCCUACAAUGUAGCAGAAGGGAAACAUUUUCCUAUUUUUUGGUUGUUUAAAAAAAAAAAAAUUCAUGUAUUUAUUUGGUAGUGUUUAUAAUAUAUAGACAAAUGCGAUUGCAGUACAUAGUCCUGCUCAUGGUCACUGGGAAUUUAAAAGGUAUCGCUUUAUGACCAUGUCUUCACUGUGUUUUGUUUUGACACUUUCUCUGACUGCAACCUGUUUGUGCGAAAGUAAACAUAAAAUAAAGGACUGUCCAAACAUAUUGACUCCAAAUCAGGUGCUCACUGAGACAUCCAAAACAUGUUCACCAGGCCUUUUUAAGAAGCGUCAAUGUAGAAAUGGAACUUUGAUCUGCGAGAAAUGUCCUGAGUGGUCUUACAUGGACAUUGAUAACACUUUAGGGGAGUGUUUGCCUUGCAGUCGGUGUGAUCCUUUGGAGAAUAAGAAGAGUAAAAGUAAUUGCACGUCCAAGAGGAACGAGAUAUGUGGCUGCAAAGGUGGCUUUUACAGAGUGAACAACUCCAACAGUUGGACCUGUAUGAACUGUACAAAUUGCAAGAACUGUAGCACAUGCCCUGAAUGUAAAGACCACUGUAAACCUUGUGAGUAUUUGAAUGAAGAGGAAAAAUGCAUACAAUGUAUCAAGCACCAAAGCCAAUGCAUUGAUGAGUCCUGUCAAUCAUAUUUUUGUAAAUCAGACCCUAAUCCUGGCUGGCUCCCCCAGAAGUUUGUCAUCAUCUUGUGCACCCUGCUACCAAUGGGGCUUCUUGGUGUCCCCCUCAUAUACUUUGCAUAUAGGAGGAGGAAGCUGUGCUGUUUGGACCAUGAAAAGAAUGAUUUACGUGCUGAACAUAAUAGAAACUUGCCAAAUGUACAGGUAUUACCUGAUAAAUGUGUUCUACACAACACUCCUUUCCCACUGUAUGUGAACCCUGAACCCACCAGUGAAUUUCCUGAGACCAAACACAAACAAAGACUUCUCAAUGUGGCCUGGAGUACCCUGACUGCUCCUCUAAUUGCAAAUGGGGACACAAAAGGGAUGGGCAGGUGCGAGAUGCCCAAGGAAACAUGGUCAGCGCCUGUGCUUUAUGCCAUCAUCAGACAGGUUCCAGUGCGCCGCUGGAAGGAGUUCUUGCGCCUGCUGUCGGUGUCUGAUGAGCAGAUGGAGAGAGUGGAACUGGAGGCAGGCACCUCCUACCUGGAGCAGCAAUACCAGAUGCUGCGGCUUUGGAGUCAGAGGUGUGGCGCAGACCUGGAGAACAUCUACUGUACACUACACUACAUGGAUCUUUCAGGCUGUGCGCAGGAACUGCAGGAAAAGCUGCAGCAGCUGCAAAAUGCUACGACUGUUGGCCAGGGCACAGUUUAGACUCAUACGUUUGUUGUUAAUGAUGCCUGGAUUUUCUCCAGAUCCUAAUCUUUCAAUGCUUUAAUGUUCUCAGAUACUGUGUAUUGUGCAAGUCAUGUGCAAGAUUUUUCAAAACAACUGAAUUUAUUGAAUGGUUAAGGCAAAAAUUAUUGGCUUCAUUCAUUUUUAAGCUACACCAAUAUAAUUUAUUUAUGUUUCACUAAUUCACAGGCUAAAGGUUACUAAGAAAAUUAAAGGACAGUAACCCAAAUUCAUCAAGAAAAAGAUUUUGUAUCACUCAAUUGAAAGAAAUAAUUAUUUUCUUACUGUACAUCAUGAGGGCAAAAUUACAGUAUAGUAUAGGUUUUAUUUUAAAGUAACCUAAUUUUGAAUUAUAUAAUUAGAAGGGUAUUACAAGAAAUAGCUAAUAUUGUACAUUAAAAUUAUGUAAAUUGAUUAGAUUGUAAGAAAUUUAUUAAUUUUAACAAUUAUAAAAUGCAGAUUUAAUGACCAUGUGACCAUGGAUAAGUACUGUAUUACACAUUAUACUUACACAUUAUACUACACAUUAUCACAAGUGUUGAAUAAUCACCUAGGUGCCAUGAUGUAGUUGUUUAUGUUAUGCAGUGAUUCAUGUAUUUCUGCUUAUCCAGCAGACGUUUUGUUUGUUGUUUUUGGUUUGGUUUAUUAGUUUGUGUUUUCCCAGAACAUUUUGACCAAGAGCAAAAAAGUAGGUUUUUUGAAAACCAUUAGGGGUUAAUAUUCAGACAUCUGCUGCCACAAACCAUGGCAUGUGGGUGAUGUACGUACGUGACAUUUAAAAAGUUCACAGAACAUUUUGUAUUUAAUGUAAGCUAUUAUUCAUAUUGAAAGGUAGGCCUUAACGUUUACCAGCUCAAGAUAUUCAUCUGUGGUUGCUGAUCUGUUUUUCUGGUAUUUUGUGGCGUUUUUACUUGAAGAUCAUUAGGCUUGUAUUUACUUAACUGUGUGUGCUUUUGUGUAUUUGGA